AUGAUUAAGAAGGUACACUGUGUCCUCCACAAGGACUCCAUGGGACUUUUGAUGAAUUGGGAUGAGGCACAGUUCGUUCUCGCCGAACGAGAUCUUAGACGUCGACGAUGUCUGGAAGCCUCACUGAUCACCGUCACUGACACCAUAGAACAAUGUCUGCGGGAUAUAGCAGGCCGCAUGCGGGCGCUGGAGGAGUCAAGGUCGCAGGCGGCAGCCAGGGCUGAAGAGCUGCGGGGGCGCCUGUCGGAACUGUCAGCAGACUUACAGAGGUUCGUAGCUCGCUGUUCCCUGGAGGACCUGGACCUGUGCAACACCCUUGACUACCGGGGUCUCGAACUAGGAGCUCGAUUCCACAGUUUCUCGUUCUCUGAGCAGCUUCGUCUGCUGGCUAUUGUUGAGAACCACAACCUGACAGACACAGCCAGACGGGCCAGAUAUGAGUAUGAGAAUAUUCCCAACUAUGUGAAGGUCAUGACGCGCCCUACUAGGGAAGAGGUGAAGCGGGUAGUGCGGGGCUACCGUGCGUCACUCUAUUCUAAAGUACGUAACCUGGACCACAUGGCCUUCGACCUGGAGGUACGCACUAAGGAGCUCAGCUGGAGGGUGGAAGAGGCCACCUCUGACCUCAACCUUCACGAGAACUACAGGUGGUACACUGUGCUAGUAACCAAGCCAGGGCCACCAUGUUCUGCUUCCAGGGAACUAUUUUCCCCAGAAGAAGAAGACUACAUAACUACAUCUGUAAUGUGGGCUAUGGUCUUGUACAAUGAUGGUUGUAUAUUUCAGGUUUUAGUAGUGACUGUGGUAGAGUCCCUUGCAGAGUCUGAACUGGCAUUAAGGCUGGGGUGA